CAAUGGUAUCGUCUCAGAUUCAAGUCGAAACAGCUUCAGUUACAGCCACCAUUACUUUUGUAAAUAUGAAGGAUAUAAUAUGGAGUUAUGAUUGACUUAUUCAUAAUACCAUAAAAUCAUUUCAAUCCCCUCUAUUGAUCUCCAUGAUCUUCAACUUCCCUUUCUCAUAUCAUUCUUUUUGUUACGAACAGACUUAUUUAUUAAAUUUUAACUUGAUUCCCCUGUGUAGAUCACGAUGGAAUCUCAAAAAGCCAAGUACGCCAAUCUACAACACGUCGAUGAUCGAGAUGAUGCAAGAUCUAGUACCGAAGUUGAAGAUUCUUUAAUGGGUGAUGAAAAACAAUGGCAUGAUGUAGAAUUGAACAGACCAACAACACGAAAAACAAGAAUACGUCGAUUCAUCACUACAAUCAAAUCAACUAGAUGGAUAAUCGAUACUACUCUAUUAUUGAUCAUAUUAGGAUUAUUGAUACGAGAUCAAUGGCGAAAACCUGAAGAAAAAGAAGUAAAUCCUUGGCAAUUUGGUCAAGAUUUAACCGGAGUUGGUCCAAGACUUUCUCAAAAAAUCACAACAUUCGUCCGAGAUGAAUCGUACGCACCGAAUAAUACAGCCGAAUUCUUCACAGAUGAAGUAUUACAGAGAUGGAAUGAUAUGAUGCCAACGGGUAUGGGAUUUGUAUGGGUGAAUGAUACAAAUAAGUAUCAUGAUCUACCUACACCCAUCAUGUGGCCGGAUAAGACUGUUUUUACUACAUCAGCUACUCAUCAAUUACACUGUCUCUUCGCCAUCGUUCAAACCUACUCUGGAUUAACAUCUGGUCAUGAAAUUCCAGAUGAUCAUCAUUGGCAUAUGAUUCAUUGUUUCGAUUAUAUGAGACAAGCUAUUAUGUGCAGCGCCGAUAUGGCUUUGGAAGGACUAGAAACUACAUUCCCAGAUCAUAAUGGAGGUUCUGAUGGUUGGGAUUCUAAGCAUGUAUGCCGUGAUUGGAAUGAUGUCAAGUCAUAUUUGGAAAGUGUACGCGCAUAUGACGAUAAACUCAUCUAUUGAGAAAUAUUUUAUUUGUUUUAUUGGCAUAAAUAAGCAUAGGAGUUGGGGACAUGGAAAUAUUCAAUUAUCCAUCAAGAAUUCAUUACAUUAACAUCGAAAUUGAUGUUGAAUUGAUGCUAUAUCAAACUAAAA